UCCUCUUCGGAUCUUUCGUGUCCACUUCUACUUGCUGCCUCCAUAUCAUCCAAUAACAACCCAUCACUCCGGAAAUCGUCGUCGUCUCUCCUCGAUCCCAUGGCCGCCGCGAGCUUCGACGGCGACGUCCCGCGGCACGGCGGGGCGGCCGCCGGGAGUGGCCCCCUCGGCGUGCGCGCGGCGUCGCGCAAGAUCGGCAAGCCGGGCGGCGGCGCGCACGGGCAGCAGGAGCGGAAGCCGGUCAUCAUCUACAUGGUGUCCCCCAAGGUCAUCCACGUCGAGGCCCACGAGUUCAUGCCGCUUGUGCAGCGGCUCACCGGCCCGGACGCCGGCCGCGGGCGCGGGGACAAGAAGGGCAGAUCGUCGACGUCCGGCGGCGGCGCUGGAUCCUCAUCUCCGAGGUGGGAACAGGAAGGCGCGGGCAGCAAGGGCAGGGCGGCGCCGCCGGUGCGCGUGAAGGCGCGCGCCCUGAACCGGCCGGCCGGCCCCGCGGUGUCGGUGUCGGUGACGGCCACGAGGCAGCAGCACGCCGGCCCGUCGGCAGCGGCCGCGGCGUCGCCGCCAUGGCUCAUGUUCCACGACCUCAGCCCGCUCCGCGGCGCGGCGCUCAAGGGCGAGCACCACCCCCUGGUGUCCCCCGGGUGGCUGCACCACGUCGGCGACCAUUUCCCGAGCCCCGGCGCCGGGGCCGCGCUCGGGUCGCCGGCCGCCGGCUUCCUCGACAUCUUCGGGCCGCUGUCCUCGCAGCAUCAGUGAUCGGAUCGGUCCAACCGGUGAGUGGUGAGUGGUGACAUGACAUGCUUGGUGGCCAGCACGGGCUAGGGUUUCUUGCAUGCACCGCCAGUACUCGCUUGAUGCGUGGCCACUGACAGGAUCAAGGAUUCGAGGCCGUCUUACUCUUGAGGCCAGGUUUGAUUAGGCUGCAGGUUCAUCAGGAAUUGUACAUAGUAUAGGGUUUUUAUUUUCAGUUUUCCCUUCGAUCCAAUCAUCCAAUCGCUUCGCAAGAUCAGACGAGACAAGAAGCAUUUCAAGCCAGCCGCAGCUGGUGCCGAUCCAGAAAGAUCGAUGGAGAUAUAUAGAGAUGGAAUUCGAAGCAAGCUAGGAGGAGGGGGAACAAAAGGGGUAACUGCAUCAUAUGUAGAUUAUGGAGUUAUUUGAGCUUCUGUUUGUUCUUGGUUCGCCAUAUUUACCAAAGUUCCUAGUUUUGUGAUGCGUGUAUUCUCUUAACUAUACGAAGAUGACAUUGUUUUUAUUUUGGUGCAAAUGCUACUUGUUGUACAUUAACAAUGUAUGUAAUGGUACCAUUUGGUACAUUGCUCAUGGAAUUGAUUUAUUUUAUUGAUUCGUUUU